UCCACCUUUUCUCUCUCUCUCCGCUCUCCCUAUUUCCUUUUUCCUUUCUCUAGGCGUUUCCGGCGUUUCAGAAGGCUUUUCCUUACAAUGUUUUCGAAGGAGGGGCCGUCUUAUGCGCAUGUACUUGUCCAAGGGAAGAAAAGCUCGGCGUCAAAAACUGAUCAGUCGCCGUCAAAAGCAGUUCAGUCGCCUGUAAAAACUGAUAAGACGCCUGUACAAACUGAUAAGACGCCUAUAAAAACUGAUGAGUCGCCGUCAAAGCUUCCGAGGAGACCAGGGUACGGUAAAAGUGGAGUUCCUUGUAAAGUGAGAGCUAAUCUUCUUUGCACUCAGCUGCAAAAGGAGGUUAAAAUGUAUUUCUACGAAGUGAAAUUCUCUCCCGCGAUUUGGUCAAAGAAAUGGUCAACAAAAGUUAUACUCCAGCUCUAUGUGGACUCUAAGCAUCUCUUGAAUCAACACAAAUUAGCAUAUGAUGGUAAAAGCUGUGUUUACACUUCUAAGCGGCUUCCAUUUGAGUCUGAAGACUUUGAUGUCAAGCUUACUGGAACUAAUGGUGGAAAAGAGUGGUUAAUGGAAUACAAAGUCUCUUUCAAGUUUAUUAGAGAAGUUGAUAUAACCAGUUUGAAUCAGUUCAUAGAAAGGUCAAGAACGGACUAUCCACAAGAAGCUAUAAAAGCUCUGAAUGUGGUGCUUCAAACACCACCAUUAGCCACAUACGAAUUAGUGGGAGAUUCAUUUUUCGAUAGAUCGUUGGGAGAUCCUCGUUCCCUAACUGAAGGUUUAGAAUUGUGGGUUGGCUAUUUUCAGAGCCUUCGGCCAAGACAGAUGGGGCUGUCUUUGAAUAUUAAUAGUUUAGCCAGACCAUUCUACCAGACAAUAGAUGUAUAUGAAUUUGUUGCAAAGAACCUUGAAGUCAGGGAUCUUAGUGGGUACAUUAUGUCUGAUAAGGACCGUAUCAAGGCCAUAUGCCUUUUGAAAGAUCUUAUGGUGGAGAUGCUUCACGAGGGUCGUGUCGUUCGCUACAAAGUCUAUGCAUUGUCGGAUCAACCAGCGGUAGAGUUAAUGGUCUCCCAUGAUCCCGAAGGGGAGAUAUCUCUUUUCGAUCGCUACAGUAAACUCUACCUGACUCAAAUGAAAUACCCAAAUUUGCAUGCUAUUCAGAUUCGAAAGAGUACUCCUGAAUAUAUUCCCAUGGAGUUAUUCAAAAUUGCCCCGGGACAAAGAUAUAGAAGUACACUAAAUGCCAAGCAGGUCUCAGGGAUGCGAAAAGCAAAUUGUCAAAAACCAACUGAUAGAGAGAAAAUUAUUAAGAAGGCAUGUAUACGCCACAUAUGUCUUACAUAA